CUUAUUUCAACAGCGGCAACAGUUCGUGAGACACUUCGGUAGCUUGCUAGCCAAAAUCGACGAACCAAUAAAGCUCUUUAGACGCUUUAGUGUAUAUUAGCCACUGUGUUUUAAACCCACUUCUGUCGUCUAGUUAGUUAUCCGAUUUAAUUUAAUAUUUACGGUGUUGUUAUUAGUCAGCUACCGGACUGGUUAAGUUAGCAUUAGCCUAGCUAGCUAACAUCUCUGACCAUGAGCUCACUAAGCUACUCUCCUGUUAAAGAAGAGGCGGAUAACACAGUAAAACAAGAAGUAGAGGGUGAGGCCGUUACUGUGAAAGAAGAGGAAGACGCGUUCAGAGUGGAUGAGGAUGUUACAGUAAAAGGAGAGAAGGAUGCAGUUUUUGGAGUGAAAGAGGAGAAGGGAGAGAUGACUGUUACAUCGAAAAAGGAGGAGGAAGAAGAGGAGGAACCUGGAUAUCUGGGCCCGGUUUCCCAAACGCAUCUUAAGGAAUCCAAUGGUUCUAACGAUGAAUUUAGCCAAAAUAUGGUUUUGAGAAACCGUUCCCUUAUUAACACUAAGAGACGUGACUAUUGUGGAUCCUCUGGGGGUCCUCAACAACCUCAUGAUGUUGAAGAGGCAGAGAAGAGUCUCUCCAGAUCAGAACACCUCAACAAACACCUGCAGAGAUCCACAGGGAAGAAAUCUCAUUCCUGCUCUGACUGUGGGAAGAGAUUCACCUGCUCAUCAGGCAUUAAAAUUCAUCAGAGAAUCCAAGGAGAGAAAUGUUUUAGCUGUACUCAGAGGGAUGAAUUUUACUCGGUCAACCAGCCUGAUAUCACACCAGAGAACACACACACAGGAAAGAAAUUGUAUAUCUGUGCUCAAUGUGGGAAGCGUUUUAGUCAAUCUAGUGUUCUGACAGUGCACCAGAGAAUACACACAGGAGAGAAACCCUUUAGCUGUGAUCAAUGUGGGAAGAGUUAUUACAAAUAACAUUCUGACUGUACACCAUAGAACACACACAGGAGAGAAGCUGUGCUUA